CCGAUUUUACUCCGUAUUAUUCCUUCUCCAGGUUCUCCCGGAAAAAAUACUGAAGAUUUCAAGUUUUCUAUCAAUCGAUCCGCCGAAUCUGCGAAGAACCUGAGACUGGAAAAUGUCUUCCCUUGCAGCUGCUAGAGCAGAUAAUUUCUACUACCCUCCAGAAUGGACACCCAAGAAAGGUUCAUUGAACAAAUUCAACGGUCAACAUGCUCUCAGAGAGAGAGCAAGAAAGAUAGAUCAAGGCAUCCUUAUUAUAAGAUUCGAAAUGCCGUUCAACAUCUGGUGUGGUGGGUGUGAAUCUAUGAUUGCAAAAGGUGUACGGUUUAAUGCUGAGAAAAAGCAAGUGGGAAACUACUAUUCUACAAAAAUAUGGAGUUUUUCCAUGAAGUCUGCAUGCUGCAGACAUGAAAUUGUCAUCCAAACAGAUCCAAAGAACUGUGAGUAUGUGAUUAUUUCUGGGGCACGGCGGAAGAUCGAAGAGUAUGAAGCUGAAGAUGCAGAAACCAUGGUACUCCCUGUUGAAGAUGAUCGUAGUAAGUUAGCAGAUCCCUUCUACCGUCUUGAGCACCAGGAGGAAGAUUUAAAGAAGAAGAAAGAAGCUGAGCCUUUACUUGUCCGUCUUCAAAGAGUAUCAGAUGCACGGCACUCUGAUGAUUAUUCCUUAAACAAGGCCCUCCGAGCCAGGCUAAGGGGCCAGAAGAAACGAGUUGCAGAUGAAGAGGCUGCUGCCCGGAAAGCAGGACUUGGUUUCAGACUGCUUCCGGCAACUGAAGAGGAUGCUGCAACCGCUUCCCGCAUCAAAUUCGCGCUCAAAUUUGAGAGGAACAGGAAUGACAAAAGAGCAUUGAUCAACGCCUCCUCCAUAUUUUUCGACUCCUCCAAGAAAUCGGAACUGGAAGCAAAGAGGAGGAAGAUAAACGCCGCUGGUGCAUCCAGAUUACUGGUUGGUGGAUUCAAACCGUCGUCUUGGGCCAGUAGCAAGAGGAUGUGAGCCAGCUAUUUUCUGCGGUAAAAACGCUAUUUCAACACUAGGGUUUUUAACACCACAUUGAUGACACCAUUAUAUCUCACAGACAUGCACAGGCAAUGACUACAUACAAUGAUUGUCUGUGUAUGUUUGUGAAACGUCAUCAUUGAUGUCGGAAUUUGGUGUUCCUCUAGCAUGGUCCAUCUUGUGGGUGCUUGUAACAUAAAAUUCAAUGAGUGUGCCUGUAAUGUUUUUAGUCCACUGCUUUGUUCUUUCUAUCAUAAAUCCAUGAUCCACACUUGGCUCAGUUGGCUGGGG